AUGGGCUGCAAUCUGUGCACUUUACAGAAGCGAGAGGAACACUACAAGCUGCUGUAUGAGAUUGCACAGGUGAAUGGGAAGGAGUUGUCCAAGUCCAGCCAUGAGGAGACUGUGGAAGCCUUUCGCGCUGCCAAGGAUCCCGUCGUGGUGCAGGUCAUCAGGCGGACCCCCAGCGGCCGCCCCCAUGGCCCCCCUCAGGAAAUCCAUGUGGUGGAUGUGUGCACUCAGACCGACAUCACCUUUGAACACAUCAUGGCGCUGGCAAAGCUCCGGCCUUCGACCCCUCCUGUGCCUGACGUCUGUCCGUUCCUGCUCUCUGACAGCUGUCAUUCUCUUCAUACAAUGGAGCAGGAUUACUAUGAAGGGACCGGCUACCUCUCCCCUGUUCCAGCUGAUGGAGAGAGGACGGAAGAGUUUGAGUAUGAGGAAGUGGAAUUGUGUCGACUCAACAGCCAAGAGAAGUUGGGGCUAACUCUGUGUUACAGAACAGAUGAAGAGGAGGAUGUAGCCAUCUAUGUCAGCGAGAUCAGUCCAAACAGCAUCGCUGCCAGAGAUGGACGCAUCCGAGAAGGGGACCGCAUUUUACAGAUUAAUGGCCAAGAUGUACAAGACAGAGAGGAAGCAAUGGCCGCACUCUCCAAUGAAGAGAGUAGGAACAUCGUACUGCUGGUUGCCAGACCUGAGAUGCAGCUGGAGGAGGCCUGGCUGGAUGAUGAGCACAGCGAGUUCCUGGAGCAGCUGAAGAUGGAAAUGUUAGAGGAGCAACAGAGAGAGGAGAUGGAAUUGGCUGCCCUACAGGAGCAGGAGAAUGAGCAGAGAGCAGAAGAUGACAAGCCCACCUGCUCCACACUCCCCCAUCAUAAGGAUAGCGUACUGAGAAUAAAAGACAGAAUGGAGAGCUCAGAGCAUAAUGUCCUGGCACACAUCCAGAGACGGUUGUCCCAGUGCCUGAGAGACAAUCGGGACACACACUGUAUCACCGGCUCCACGCGGCUGGAGGACAAAGAGGAUGAGGACGAUGAUGAGACGGAGGGUGAUCGUUUCCAGCAGCUCUUGGAGCUCAAGUGUCAGAUACGUAACAGCGGCGAGUACGACCUGUUCUACAGCCGCCGUAGCACCAUUGAGUGCAGCAUUGGGGAGCAGGGCGGCGUCCAGCACGAGCUACGUAUGCUCAACGAGGAGCUGCGCAGCAUCGAACUAGAAUGUCAGAACAUCAUGCAGGCCCAUAACCUUCGUAAAGGCCAGCAGUCUCCCUCCACGGGCCACACUGCACCCUCAACCAAAAACCAAAGCCUCCAUAGAAGUGACCCCACAAGGGGUAAGCUGGCGGACAUUAAUGGGAGGCUGGAGAAAUCUGACAAGGACAGCUCCAGUGCCUAUAACACGGCGGAAAGUUCACGAAGCACCCCUCUGGCAAUGGACCGCUCCCCCGAGCACUCGCUCCAGAGAAUGGUCAGCCUCACCAACCAGAGGAACCUCUGCAGCAGCCUUGCCUCUGGCCCUUCUCUAAGCCCAAGCCCCAUCCCAGCAUGCCGUGCUCCAGUCCCAGGGAGAAGAGGCAGCCCCGACCCAAGCAAUCCUUCUGAGUCGAACCAGACAGAUCAGGCUGAGGAGGAUAGCAGGGGGGAAUUAAAACCACUUGCGUCCCAGAUUCCUUACUUCUCUCCAUCCCACAGUUCCCAGCAAAGGCAGGUCAACAUCCCAGCACAUGCCCGCCACUACCAGAGCUACAUGCAGCUGAUCCAGCAGCGCUCAGCUGUGGAGUACGCUCAGAGCCAGCUCAGCCUGCUCAGUGUCUGCAAAGAGCCUCAGAUGCCCAUUAAUGAGCCCAAGAUGGAGUGGAAGGUCAAGAUCCGCAGCGACGGCACGCGCUACAUCACCAAGAGGCCUGUUAGAGACAAGAUCCUGAGGGAGCGAGCCCUAAAGAUUAAAGAAGAGCGUAGCGGGGGAAUGACCACGGACGAUGAUGCAAUGAGCGAAAUGAAGAUGGGGAGGUACUGGAGUAAAGAGGAAAGAAAGCAGCACCUGGUGAGAGCAAAAGAACAGAGGAAAAGGAGAGAGUUCAUGCAGCGUAGUCGGCUGGAAUGCUUAAAGGAGAACCCUCAGAGCAGCAGUGAGGGACGCAAGGAAGUCAGCAUUAUAGAGCUCAGUCAGAAGAAGAUGAUGAAGAAACGGAACAAGAAGAUCCUGGACAACUGGAUGACCAUCCAGGAGCUGAUGACUCAUGGUACUAAGGCCCCUGAGGGAGCCAAGGUGCACAACGCCUUCCUAUCAGUCACUACUGUAUAAACAAAACACACA